AUGCCGACAUCUGGAACUCUAUCCAUUCAAUUGCACAGCAUUGAAGCCACUUUUGGUGAACAGGAGCUCGCCACGAAGAAAUUAGCCGUGCGUUUUGCUGUAGGUAAAGUUGAGUACAUUACCAAGUACAGAAAACACGACGCUAGUGUUGAUGAGCUUGCAACGCUUUACAUUCACGAAGCUACAGCCGAUGCGAAGCUGAGUAUUGAGCUACUGCAUGAGAAGAAGAAGAAGGCCAUUGUAGAUACCCAAAAGCUACUAGCGGAAUUCCAGAGUGACUCAAAGAAACGUAAGACGACGUUUACCUUUGGCCCCAAAGCCGCGCCUAGUACCGUUAUCCUUUCGUACACAGUGGACUGGCAAUCAAGUAAGACAACGCUCUCUAGAUACGAGACUCGUCGGCCAUGGUUUAUGCGUGUGUCGUACUAUUACGACACGACAAAGAAUGUGUACAAUUACACGACAAGUUUCCGUGUUGUGGCUCCAUUUGCUCGCUUUGGAGAGAACACUGCCAAUACUGUGGUCGAGAAGGUCAGUGGAAAGUCAUUGCACGAGAUUGAUGAGGCGUGGGUCGGUCCUAGUAUCAAUGCUCUAGAUGAUAAGGUAGACGCGACGAUCUCGUCGGUAGCUACGACGCUGCAAUCUGGUCAACAAUACGCGUUAAAAAAGAAAGAUGAGGCUGUAGGUGUUGCCUCGUCAGUCGCUAAAACGACGACUGAUACAGUGUCAGGAGCGGUGGGAGCGACAGUAAAUAAGGCUACUUGUGUCAAGGAUUAUACGACAGAGAAAGUGGUUGCAGCUUCGUCGAGUGUGUAUGGGACUGUAGCUAGUGUCGCGAAUUACACGAAGACGCAAGUAGUACACGCUUCGUCGUCUACGUACGGGACUGUAAAGGACGUCACUUUUACGGCGUUGAGUUACGUGCCUGUGAUCGGUCCAAAGGUCGCGGUGUAG